CUCUCUCUCUCUCUCUCUCUCUCUCUCUCACCUCUCAUCUCUAUCCUCCUCCUCCAACCAGCUCGAGCUUCUCGGAGAAGCGCUUUUGGCCUUCGUUUCUCCCCCUUUUCCCCCUUCGUCUCCGUCCUUGCGCGGAGCGCCCCCCACUCGCCUCGAUUCGAGAUCGAGCGCGCAGGGAUGGGAGAUUGCUAGGCGAAUUCGCCUCUCCGAUUCGCCAUAUCCAGCUGGAGUUCGUUGCGGGAGUUGGUGUGAAGGAGGGAUUUUUGGGAUCGGAGGAGCCCCUUUAGGGUUAGGGUUGUUGGUUUCGUCCUCGAUAGGGGUUCUCCAGGUUCUGAGAGCCCUUAGGGUUGUUGGAGUUUCUUGGUUGCGGGGCGCGCGCGAGUGGGGGUCGAGGGAGGGGGAGGAUGCCCUCUCCCGGAUUCUCCUUUCCCAAGUCGGAGAAGAAGGGGGAUGAGAACGGGAAGCAGCCGCAGACGCAGAGAAGGGACCCUUACGAUGUCCUCGGCGUUGGCCGUAAUGCGACGGAUCAGGAAAUCAAGAGUGCCUAUCGAAGAAUGGCCCUCAAGUAUCAUCCAGACAAAAAUGCGAAUGAUCCUAUAGCAGCUGAUGUAUUUAAGGAGGUUACAUUCUCUUACAACAUCCUAUCAGAUCCUGAUAAACGGCGUCAAUAUGAUUUAUCUGGAUUUGAGGCUGUUGAAUCCGAUAGCCAAGAUUUGGAGCUUGAUUUAUCAAGUUUAAAUACUGUAAACACUAUGUUUGCUGCUCUCUUUAGUAAAUUAGGUGUGCCAAUUAGAACAACCGUAUCAGCAACUGUGUUGGAAGAGGCGUUGAAUGGGAGUGUGACCAUUCGUCGACUUCAGUUGGGGCAUUCUCUUUACAGGAAGGUUGAAAAACAAUCUGCUCAUUUUUAUUCUGUAGAAGUGACAGAGAGGGAAGCCCAAAUGGGAUUGGUGUGUCGAGUUCAUUCAACUGAUAAAAGCAAAUUCAAGUUGUUGUACUUUGAGCAGGAGGAGACUGGUGGGCUGAGCCUUGCAUUACAGGAAGACAGUGCAAAAGCCGGAAAGAUCACCUCUGCUGGAAUGUUCUUUCUCGGGUUCCCCGUGUAUCGGUUUGAUCAAACUAAUUCGAUGGCAGUUGCUAAAGAUCCUGAUGCUGCCUUCUUCAAAAAGUUGGAUGGGUUCCAACCAUGUGAAGUAAAUGAGCUAAAAGCAGGCACUCAUAUAUUUGCAGUUUAUGGCGACAACUUCUUCAAAAGUGCAAGUUACACAAUAGAGGUCCUUUGUGCUGAACCAUUUUCGGAAGAAAAGAAAAACCUUCGAGAUGUCGAGGCAAAGCUUUUGACAAAAAGAGCAGAACUGUCUAAAUUUGAGGCCGAGUACAGAGAAGUAUUGGCUAAAUUUACAGAGAUGACCAGCCGAUAUGCCCAGGAGAUGCAAGAAAUUGAUGAACUUCUCAAGUCAAGGAAUGCUAUCCAUGCCUCCUACACCAAAUCACCUCUCAAAAGCAGUUCCAGUGGCACGAAGUUUAGAAAUUCCUCCAAGGACUCUAAAAGUGAUGAAGGACAUCACAAAAAGGAAAAGAAAUCGAAGGACCGCUCAAAAAGGAAGAAAUGGUUCAAGAUUCAUCUGAAGGUGGACAAGAGAAAGCCUUGCUGAACAAAGCUUCUCAUAAAACCGAGGGUUUUAUUGUGACAGCCUGUUCGGGAAUCUGUUCAUCCUUUCCUUCCUUUGUCUCCUGUUAUCUGUUGUUUUUUCUUAUUUUUUUCCUCUAUCACUUUGAUUUGUUUCUUUGAAAGGUUGCAAUGUGCAUGGUCAUAGAAAAAUUACGGAAAGAAUCCUCUGCUACCAUUUUUUGGCCUCAUUAAACCUUAAAGAUUCAAAGGACGGCUGCCCGUAUGUAUAUGUCUAGCUUGUAGAAAGUUCAUAGCCCGCCCUCAGAAUCAGGUCAUUCUUUCCUGCUGAUGGUGGGAGUGCUGAUCAUUCUGAAUAUUGAUUGCUGCACACUGUUCUUUUCUGGUGUAUCAUGAAGCAUUUUUGACGUGUAUUUCCCCCUCCGAGUAUUCAUUUGAAGUAGCAAACAAGACAUGGGAUUACAAACAGCCAUGUAUUGUUUUUCAAAUCCUGAUACAAAGUUACGUGAGCUUUUAUCUGCUAUCAUUAAAUAAAGAAACAGAGUUGAUUGUACACAGGUGGCACACAAGUACCCAAGAGAGCAACCUGGUGUGGUGAAAUUGUAAUUUUCAACAUAAACACAUGUUCGACUAAGGAAUCUUUUGCUACUUUCUGAUAAUGUGGAUUGUGUAAUUUCCAUUCA